ACUUCCCAUCAUCCUAUUUUCGACAUGGCGUAGAGAAGAGGCAACGCAGCGGUCUGGCAUUGUAGCGGAAAAUACUGAAAAGUUGAUAAAGUACAGGGGUUUCGUUAUUUCAGUAGGUGGAUAUAUAAACAUUUGGUAGUUAUAACUAGGAUUCAAGCAAAGUUUUGGGUGCCCACUGAGUGUUGAAGAUGAUGUCUGAUGCCAGUGACAUGUUGGCAGCAGCCUUGGAACAGAUGGAUGGGAUAAUAGCAGGCUCCAAGACUAUGGACUACUCUAACGGGCUGUUUGACUGCCAGUCGCCCACCUCUCCCUUCAUGGGCAGCCUGCGGGCGCUGAACCUGCUGGAGGACCUCCGGGGCAUGCUGGAGCUGAUGGACACGGAGGAGAGGGAGGGCCUGCGCUGCCAGAUCCCCGACGCCACCGCAGACAGCCUGGUGGACUGGCUGCAGCAGGGACACCUGAUGUCCAAUGGUCACCACAUCUCCAUGGGUGGUGAUCUCUACCAGGAGAGACUGUCUCGACUGGAGGGUGACAAGGAAUCCCUGGUGCUUCAGGUGAGUGUGUUGACAGACCAGGUGGAGGCGCAGGGGGAGAAGAUAAGGGACUUAGACACGUGUUUGGAUGAGCACCGGGAGAAACUGAACGCCACUGAGGAGAUGCUACAACAGGAGCUCCUGUGCAGAACAGCUCUAGAGACUCAGAAACAGGACCUGAUGGCUGAGGUGUCCAACCUGAAGCUGAACUCAUUUGAGAAGGACAGACUGCACUUUGACUUCAGCGACAAUGAGGACAUGGUUCUGGAGAUUAAUGAACUGAGGUACAGAGUGACCGAGAUGGAGAGUGAAAGACUACAGUAUGAGAAGAAACUGAAAUCCACUAAGUCUCUAAUGGCCAAGCUUUCUAGCCUGAAAAUCAAAGUGGGCCAGAUGCAGUAUGAGAAACAGAGGAAGGAAAACAAACUGCAGGCCCUGAAGGAGGAGCUGGCAAUGCUGAGGAGGCAUCUGGAGGGAAGGGACGGAGAGCUGAGGAGGUUACACGACGAGACUGGGUUCAGAGGCAUCACACCGGUUGGCAUGGACAGUGGAGACAGAGUCUCUCACCCAGAUGAAACUCUUAAAUUGAGGCUGAAAGAGAAACAUGUGGAAGUGCAGAGAAUGAAAAAAGCAGUGGAAUCACUCAUGGCAGCCAAUGAGGAGAAGGAUCGUAAGAUCGAGGAGCUGAGGCAGUCGCUGCUGCGCUACAAGAAGGUCCAGGACAUGAUUUCAAUGCAAGGAAAAAAAGAGAAAACCCAAGACGGCGAGAGUGACGAGAGUAAUAGCGACAGCUCCCUCUCCGUGAUGUCAACGACAACCACCCCGGUUGCCAUGGAGUCGGAGAGGCACGCUCUAGCCGGAGUUGAGGAAGUAGCAGGGAAAAGCCCAGACGAGCUGGAGAUGCACUAUGGAGCUACUGAAGUGUCUUCGCCCACACCCAUCCCUACAGUCCAGUCAGCAUGCGAUCCAAAGAGGGGGCCAGAGCUGGACCAAGCUGAACCAGAGAGCGAGGCAGGGGGCCAGGAAGUGUCACAGGAGGCCCCCCUUUCAUGUGAUACUCCACAGACCCUGGAUGGCCCCAAUUCAGGGAGUCAGGACAACUUGUAUGUCAGCAACAGCGAAAAGAUUACAUUGGUGAUGGAUGAAAAGCCAACAGAGGCUGUGGAGGAGAUCAGUAAGAUCAGCGAGCGCCCGCCCAAGUCUCCCUCUUCGUCUCACCCCAUGACCACGGAGGAUGACCACUUUGGUAACAAGAAGGCUCGCUCCUCCUUCGGACGGGGCUUCUUCAAGAUCAAGGGAAGCAAAAGGACAGCCAGCACCCCUAACCUGGACCGCAGCCGGAGUGCGAGUGCGCCUAUGCUAGCUGAGAUUGAGCGAGAGGGGGGCACUGACCAUCUGGACCUGGCUGGUCUACCCCAGAGGUCAGCCAACAGCGACAGCACCAACACACUGACCAGUGUGACCUCCACUACCUCCCCCGAGUGCAAGAAGAAGUCCAAGGGAAUUAAGGCGCUCUUUGGAAAGCUGAGGAGAAGUCAGUCCACCACGUUCAACCUGGACGACAACCUAUCAGAACCGGUCGAGUUCAAGAGAGGUGGAGUCCGAGCCACAGCAGGGCCCAGACUGGGCUGGUCCCGUGACCUACAGAGAUUACCCAACAAUGACCUGGACACCCCGUUUGCCCGCUGGUCCAAGGAGCAGGUGUGUGACUGGCUGCAGGAGCAGGGGCUGGGGCUCUGUCUGAACAUGGCCUGCGUGUGGAUCUCUUCUGGACAGACUCUGCUGCAGGCCUCACAGCAGGACCUAGAGAGGGAGCUGGGCAUCAAACACCCGCUGCACAGGAAGAAGCUCCAGCUGGCCCUGCAGGCCCUGGGCUCUGAGGAGGACGACAACAAGGGCAAACUGGACUACAAUUGGGUGACCAGGUGGCUGGAUGACAUUGGCCUGCCUCAAUAUAAGACCCAGUUUGAUGAGGGGAGGGUGGACGGCCGCAUGCUGCACUACAUGACAGUAGAUGACUUGCUGUCUCUGAAGGUGGGCAGUGUGCUCCACCACCUCAGCAUCAAGAGAGCCAUUCAGGUGCUGCGCCUCAACAACUACGAGCCCAACUGCCUGCGCCGACGGCCCUCCGACGAGAACAACAUCACGCCAGCAGAGAUCUCCCAGUGGACCAAUCACAGAGUGAUGGAGUGGCUGAGAUCAGUGGACCUGGCGGAGUACGCCCCCAACCUGAGGGGCAGCGGCGUUCACGGGGGUCUCAUGGUGCUGGAGCCUCGGUUCAAUGUGGAGACCAUGGCCCUGCUGCUGAACAUUCCCCCCAACAAGACCCUGCUGCGGAGGCACCUGGCUACCCACUUCAACCUGCUAGUGGGCUCUGAGGCCCAGGGGCUCAAACAGGAGUGUCUAGAGAAUCCCGACUACACCUUGCUCACCGCCACCGCCAAGGUCAAGCCGAGGAAGAUGUCGUUCGGUAGCUUCGGCAGCCUGAGGAAGAAGAGGCAGGAUGACAGUGAGGAGUAUGUCUGCCCCAUGGACGUGGAGAUGCCAAAGGGACGUAGCUUCCAGAAAGGCUAUGAGCUUCAGCUCUACGAGGACGACCUGGACCGGCUAGAGCAGAUGGAGGACUCAGAGGGGACUGUGAGGCAGAUCGGAGCCUUCUCCGAGGGCAUCCAAAACUUGACGAGCAUGCUGAAAGACGAUGAAUUUUUCAAAGAGAUCUCCAACUCACCCAACCCCAGCAUAACAGAUGACGAUUCCAACGUGUGACGCAGACCGUCGCCAUGGGACCCUGUGCCCUAGUGCCGUUGUGAACCAAAGUCUCCACUAGCAGACCAGGAUUCAAAUACUAUUUGAAAUAUUUUAAUACUUCAGCUGUGCUCGUUUGAGCUUGCCUGUUGGAAUGCAAUGGGAAUAGAAAAGUCCCAAGAUUGCAAACUCUGCCUACCUAGCACUCCAGGCAGGCUAAAGCAAACGCUCAACGUAUUUCAAAGAGUUCAAGUAUUUGAACCCGGGUCCUCCACUAGCACACAGUCCAGACUCCACCGUACCCCCAACAACCCUCGCAGAGCAAGCACCAGAUCUCCUUUUAGUAUUUUAGAUGAGGCAUAAAAAAAUACUUUCUUAAAGAAAUUCAAGACCAUGUCUGAUGUCAUGUGAACUGAUACACUCCACUGUUGUUUUUGUAAGGUGCCAAUCCAUUUUAACUGACCUUUUGGGAGAGGAAUUAUUUCAGAGCAAUACUCACCAUAGUUUGCCUACCACUUGGAUACUGGAGACAUUUGUAGUAAUUGUUUUUCUUGCAUUUGCACCGAUACCGUACUGUAUGUAUUUAGCACAAUACACAGUUCAAUGCAUAUGAUUCCUGUUUAAGUGUCAUCAUUGCAUGUUAUUGAAGCCUUUCUUGUUGCCAAAAUGUUGUACACCUGCUAAUGGAAGACAUACUUUUUGUUUAUCAUCAUUUGUACUGAGAUAACUAAUCUUAAAUAUUGCCAAAUAGCAUAGUUAUUUUCAGAGUACCGUAGCUAGCCUGGGUUCCAGUCUAUUUCUGCUCUCUUGCUAACUCCUUAUGGAAUUGUCAUGCCAAACAUAUUGUUGGCAAGCGAGCAGAAAGGGCUACGUUGUAGCACGUUGAGAGAGAUGAAGCAAUGCAAGAAUGUCUCAAAAGCAAUCCUACUGUUAUGCAAUGCCCUAACCACAUGAGAAGAAAGUUUAUACUGUGUACUGGUUGAGAUGCCACCCAUUUCUAAGGUUAAUAAAGUAAUUUAAACAGA